GGGAAGACGAAGAGAGCAAGAAAAGAAGAGAGAGAAGUCCUCAGAUAUGGUUGGUUAGCGUAGCUGCCUCAUGUGGAUCAGAUACUACAGGGGUACAGAACUUCUCCAUUUCUCCAUCCAUCCACCUCUUCAGUCUCAGUUUGCUCUCAGGUGUAGAUGAACAAUGAGCAGCUCCUGGCUCGCCCUGGUUGUGAUGGCUGCCAUCUUCAUCUCCAUGGUCCUCCUGGCUGUUGUCUGUCUGGACUGCAGGAUCAAAGGCCCUCCUGCUUCCAUCAGCCAAGUAAAUGCUUCAGAUGAAUACAUACCAUCACUUAAUUUCAGAGUGAUCCACCCAUCCCAGCCAAGCUUAGAACUGAACCCCAUCCACCUCCAACCUGGCCUGCUGUCACCUUUCCCACCUGCAACUGAUCCUGGAUCUCAAAGGAGACAUCCUUCCUUCACCCGAACAGAAACUGAAAGUAAUCCAAGUUAUGAGAAUCCAGGAGAUGGAUCUGAAUAUGUAAACACUGAGAGUGAUCAGGAGGACACUGGUUACAUAAUUGUGUUACCUGAAGGUGAUCAUAGUCGAGCUUCGACGCCCAGUUCAGAUGUUCGACACGAUUAUGAGAAUUGCCCAGAUAAGAAAGAGGAAAGAGAGUAUCUGAACGUGGAGCCGGUGCCCUUUCAACGAUCAAUAACAAACUUGUCAGUUCUGAGCAGCAGCAGCAGCAGCAGUGAUGAUGAAGGCAACUACGUUAAUCAGCCAUCAAUUCACUGCCAGCCCAGUGCAUGAAGGGGCACACUGACGACCACAAGCCAACUGACGUCCACAUUUUCUUCCUCUUUACUUCCCCCAGCUGAAAAAAAAAAAAAGAAACUGAGGGUGAAGACUCUUUCAUAUCAGUUCCUGAAGCUACGCUGUGGCAGUUUACCUGUUUGAGGAUCUGUGUUAUUUCAGUUCCAUCAGGCCUCCUACAGCUGAGCUGCCGUACAUCCAAUAUAUAAAUCUGUGUUACAACAAAGACAGAAAUAUAAACCCCCUGUUUUCAUCUGGUUUAAAAGCAUUGUGAGCAAGAGAUUUAUCCUUAUUCUAUCUUCAUAAUGAGUCUUAUCAUAAGCCUUGUUUAGUUUAGCUUCCCAAAAAUGAUAGUUUAAAGAUAACAAUGCCAGCAAGCAGAGAAACAACCUGUAACUUUGGGAACACUAAAUUUAAAAACAUGCAAGGUGAGCUACACACUAGACUAAACAAUUUUAAGAUCUAUUUUAGGCCAGAUUUGCCUAGUUGUCCAAAUACAGUGCCUAUAGAAAGUAUUCCUGGUGAUAUGCAGUGUUUGGUGUCCGCCAAACAUAAUGUGUUGACUAUGGAGUCUCCUGUAUGCUUUUUGGUAAUUUCUAAUCGAGAUUUGAGUUUUCCUCAACAAGCCAUGUUGAUAUUUGUUUGAUAUGUAUGAUUCCAGGUUAGGCUGCAUUCAGCAGAAUACCCAUAAAAGCCAGAGGGUGUAACAAUAACUUUUAGUUCUUAGUAAUUCAAUUAAAAGAACAGUUCCUCUGGGCCUUUGUUGCCUGCAUUUUUGGACCCUAAUGCAGAAAUGCAUUAGUGUCCAAAAUCCAAGGAAGAUUAUGCAUCUUCACACUCAGUCAGGUUUCAGGAUGACAUUAUUAGGAAUAAUAAUUAUUAGGAUGCAAAUGAUCCAAUAUUGUGGCGAAGAGGGUGAACCCAUCCUUACUCUACAUUUUUAAAUCUGCUUAAGAUGUAAAACUCCUCUGGUGUGUAGCAAACCUUAACCACAACAAAAGUUGUAAAGGGGACAUAUCAUGGAAAACACCUUUUUAUAUUAUAAUUCCCAGCAUAUCCACGAUCUAUAAAAAGGGAAAUCAGCAACUUUGAGAACAGUGUCCAAAGGUGGAAAAGAUCCAUGAUAUGCCACCUUUAAGUUGGUCAUUUUUUACAAAACAUUUACAUUCAGCCUUACAAGCAAUCAGUAGUUCAAAUUAAACUUCAACAGAUUUUUUUCUUUGCUUAAUCUGGAUUGCUAUCAUUUUUAACCCUUUAAACAACAGUGUCUUUGUUACGUUGAUUCGUUGAUUUUACUGACAACUCCUGAGAAUGUCUAAAUAUACAUUUUUACAAUUUAUUUAUGUGUUAUUGAUGUCAUGAUUACUGUCGUCUGUAGUCUUAGUGUG